ACUCAAUUAGUUAUCGGUUCAACCAAACGUUAGCGUCUUAGCGUUCGAAUUUUGAAAAUGAAUAUCUAACCAUUCGAGGGAAAGACAACGGAGAAGAGAGGUGGAAUAAGGGCUUUAGAAAGAGGCCUGUCUGUCUAGUUAAAUGGGCCUUGAGUCAGCAUCGGAGGUUCUUUAUCGUGUUGGUACAUUUUGUGAGCAAGAGAGUGUUUUCCUAUGAAUACAUACUCCGUCUGUUUAUAUAAAAAGUUAAGAAAUCAUGUAACUAUGCGGGCUCGACUAUAAUUUAAUUCAAAACUAAAAUAAUUAAAGGGAGCAAGUCAUAAAACGAUUUUCUCCACAACUUAACAUGCAUUGAAUCAUUCCGAUUUAAACUUUCUUAGUUAGAUAGACUUGUCUUCUUGCCACUUCUCCUCUUGAUGCAUAUUCUAUUACUUGACCAAUAUGAUCAAACAACUAAAGUUAAUUAAUGGAUAUGUUUUUUGUUUAUUGUACCUGGUGUGUAUGUGUAGCUUAAGUGAUUGAUGUUAACACUAGCUUUAAAUUUCAAAGAUUAAAAAUGUGCGGUUAAUGUGUUUUUGGGGUGAUUAAUGUUUGGUCAUGUGGUUAACACUAGACUUCAAUAAGAUUAUCAAUGUUCCGGUGGUUAACAUGUAAUGGUGUAAACAUAGAUGCAAACACAGAAUCAAACUCAAAUGAAACGAUCAUUAAUGCUGUUCUUAUAAUAGACUUUGAUUUUCCGUGGAAACUCCGUCAAGCGAUUUAUGUAUAUUAAUGCUGCUUUAUAACUUGUAAGCUAAAAUGUUCUUAUAAUAGACCUUUUUCCAUCAAGCGAUUAAGUAUAUUUUAGAUGAUGUUUACAACUUGUAAGCUAAAUCAGAUGAUUUUAGACGACUUCUUGGGGGUAUAUAUAGCGCAUGCACGAUUCUCAUGCAGCGUCAUUCAAUACACAAAGUAAGGAGAAAAAAAAAAAAAACAAACGAGCAUUUUAAUUUGAAAAUAAAAUGAAAGGUCUUCUUCAGUUUCUCAUAGGUAAAAUCAUCUUAUUGGCAUUAGCAUCUUCAGUUGUAACUUGUUACGAUCCAUCUCCUCUUCAAGAUUACUGUGUUGCCACCAACAAUACGAAUGGAGUUUUCGUGAAUGGAAGGUUAUGUAAAGAUCCAAAACUAGUAACGUCCAAUGAUUUCUAUUUUUCCGGCCUAAACACCCCUGGAAACACCAACAACCGUCUUGGCUCAUCGGUCACCAAUGUAGAUGUCAGAAGAAUCUCUGGUCUCAACACUCUCGGAGUUGCCCUUUCCCGCUUUGAUUUCGCCCCUGGAGGACAAAUCCCACCGCACAUACACCCACGUGCCUCCCAACUGAUCUUAGUCCUCGAGGGAACGCUCUUGGUCGGGUUUGUGUCCUCCAACGACUACAACUCCACGCUCUUCUCCAAGGUUCUUUAUCCCGGAGAUGUAUUUGCUUUUCCCGUCGGUUUGGUUCAGUUUCAUGCUAAUAUUGGCAAGACGAAUGCGGUUGCGAUUGGUGCAGUCGGGAGUCAAAAUCCUGGUGUGGUUCCGAUUGGUAAAACCCUUUUCGGGUCCCGCCCUUUGAUUGAUACAAGGCUUUUGGCUAAAGCUUUUGCGUUGGACGUGAAUACAGUGAGAUAUCUCCAAAGGGUGUUUUCUUCGGAAGAAAAUAUAGUUACCCCUAUAGUUAACUAGUUCAACAGAAUAACUAUAAAACAUAUUGUGAAUAUAUUAAGUAUAUAAUAAAGUAUUUCAUAAGUACUGUAUACGUAAAAAAUACAGAAAAUGAUAAGUCUGUGGGAAUUAAAUUUGUAAGUGUAUGUAAUAUAUGUGUGCUAAUUUAAAAACAGUAUAUGGAAAAUUAAUUAUUAAAAUUAAUGAAUGAAUAAAUAUAAAAUAAGAUCUUUUAAACUUUAAGAGAAAGAGAUAUAUAUAUAUAGGGCGUAU